CUGAAAACUCGAGUGUAAACACCCCACAAGGCCCUUCACUCAAAAUGAAGAAAGUAGAGCUCGUGUUUGUUCCUUCCCCUGGGGUUGGUCAUCUUGCAGCAACUUUGGAGAUGGCAAAGCUCAUUGCUAAUAGAGAUGAUCGACUAUCAGUCACAAUCUUUAUCAUGAAGCUCCCAUUUGAGUCGGAGGACAGUAAAACGACUGAAUCAGUGGCUUCUUCGAUUCGUUUUAUCACCCUCCCUCGUAUAGAGAUCAGUUCCAGUUCAUCGACGUCACCGGCCAACUUCUUCACUGAUGUUGUCAAAGCUUAUACACCCCUUGCGAGAGAAGCUGUCCAUGAGCUCAUGACUCGCUCUGGCUCUGUUCGGCUUGCUGGGUUCGUCAUCGAUAUGUUUUGCACCUCCAUGAUUGAUGUGGCCAAUGAGUUUGGGGUUCCUUCCUAUCUCUUCUUCACUUCUAGUGCUGCCUUUCUUGGUUUUGUGCUGCAUCUUCAAUCCCUCCAUGAUCACCACAACUUGGAAAUCACUGAGUUCAAGGACUCAGAUGCUGAGUUGGAAGUUCCGAGUUUUGUCCACUCAGUUCCUGGUAAGGUUUUCCCUUCUGUGGUGUUUGAUAAGGAAGGUGAUGAAAUUCCCAUCCUCCUCCACCACACUCAAAGGUUUAGAGAAACCAAGGGUAUUAUUGUAAACACAUUUGUGGAGCUGGAAUCGCAUGCCAUCAACUCAUUUUCUGGUGAUACAUCCCCUCCAAUUUACCCUAUAGGACCCAUACUUAACACUGAAGUCGAGUCUAGUGAGGUCCAACAGCAAGCUAUUGAGAUCAUGAAUUGGCUUAAUGAUCAACCUCCAUCAUCUGUGGUGUUCUUGUGUUUUGGGAGCAUGGGAAGCUUCAAUGGUGAACAGGUUAGAGAGAUAGCACAUGGGCUUGAGGGUAGUGGGUGUCGAUUUUUAUGGUCAUUACGUCAACCUCCUCCAAAGGGCAAGAUGGAAUAUCCCAUUGAAUAUGGGAAUAAAGAGGAAGUUUUACCUGAAGGGUUUUUAGAUCGAACGACUAAGAUUGGCAAAGUAAUUGGUUGGGCUCCACAGGUAGCUGUCCUAGCCCAUCCAGCAGUGGGAGGAUUUGUAUCUCAUUGUGGGUGGAAUUCUACUCUAGAGAGCUUAUGGUAUGGGGUUCCAACCGCUACAUGGCCAAUGUAUGCAGAACAACAACUCAAUGCGUUUCAGAUGGUGAAGGAUCUAGAAUUGGCAGUGGAGAUUAAAAUAGAUUAUGAUAAGGACAAAGGUUAUAUUGUGAGCAGUCAAGACAUUGAGAAGGGACUAAGGCAGCUAAUGGAUGCAGAUAGUGAGGUGAGGAAGAAAAGGCAGAAAAUGCAAGAGAAGAGUAGGAAAGCCAUGAUGGAUGGUGGAUCUUCGUACUCCUACUUGGGAUAUUUUAUUGAAGACAUGAUGACUAAUGUUCCAUGAAAGAAAAAAAGUGGUUUUUAGUGGAUCAAUUAUUAUAUAGUGAUGUGAACAAGAAAGCUUAAUUAAAGUGUUAGUUCAUGUAAUAUGCUUUACUUGAAUGUCCACCCAAAUAUUGAUUAUUUGGAAGUUGCAAAUUUACGUGUUA